CAACCUACCAAGCAAUUUUUUUUAAUUUUUGAUUUAUCAGCUUGCAGCUAUUGUCAAAUUCAAAUUAUUGCCAACUAUCAUUUGUGAUUUUUUAUUAUUUGUGCAAAAAAAUCCUUGAAGAUCCAUCAUUGCAUCUGAGAAUUUGUUCAAACUUUUAUUCAAAUUUGUCAUUUAAAAAUGAAUAAUAACUUAAUUUUAGUAACCGGUGCUGCCGGUUAUGUUGGUUCCCAUUGUCUUGUUGAAUUAUUGAAUAAUGGUUAUGAUGUUGUGGUCAUCGAUAAUUGUUCCAAUUCUAUACACUUGAAUGGUAAAAAUAUGCCUGAAAGUUUGAUUCGUGUGCAAUCAAUUACUGGUCGACAAUUAGUAAAUUUCUACAAAGAAGAUAUUAAUAAUGUUACUAAAUUAGAGGAAAUAUUCAACAAACAUCGAUUCAUUGCUGUCAUGCAUUUUGCAGCCUUAAAAGCAGUCGGUGAAUCAUGCAAAAUACCACUGGAUUAUUAUCACAACAAUGUUAGCGGAACUAUAACAUUGUUAGAAGUGAUGAGAAAAUAUGGUGUUAAAAAGUUUAUUUUUUCAUCAUCAGCUACAGUUUAUGGUUAUCCAGAUUAUUUGCCAAUCGAUGAAAAUCAUCGAACUGGAAAUGGAUGUACAAAUCCUUAUGGUCGAACAAAAUACUUCAUUGAAGAAAUAUUAAAAGAUUUGUGUGCCUCAGAAAAAGGUUGGUGUGUGGCAUCAUUACGAUAUUUUAAUCCGGUCGGUGCACAUGAAUCUGGCGAAAUUGGUGAAGAUCCUCAAGGUAUUCCAAAUAAUUUGAUGCCAUUCAUAUCUCAGGUAGCUGUACGGCGACAGCCUUUUCUCAAAGUAUUUGGUAAUGAUUUCAAAACUGCCGAUGGAACCGGUGUACGUGAUUAUAUACAUAUCAUGGAUCUAGCUGCCGGACAUUCAAUAACAUUAGAAAAUAUUCUGAAAAAAGAAUGGACUGGUUGGAAUGUCUAUAAUUUUGGAGCCGGUACAGGAUAUUCAGUAUUAGAUGUAAUCGCAGCAUUUGAAGAAUCAACUGGCAUUAAUAUCCCAUAUAAAAUUUGUAAUAGACGUGCUGGUGAUGUGGAUGAAUUGUGGGCUGAUAUUCGAAAAGCACAGAACAAAUUGAACUGGAAACCAAAAUGGACAUUGAAAGAUAUGUGCGCACAUAGCUGGAAAUGGCAAUCAAAAUAUCCGAUGGGUUAUCGAACUCUUCGACACAAACAACAACAUGAUACGAAUGAUGGAAACCUGAACGGUAACUUUAUGGCUAAUAAUAAUAAUGUUGAUAAUUUUGUUCAACUAUCACAACAGCAACAGCAACGAAAAGAACAUUUUUUAGACAUGUCAAUGAUGGAAAACAAAACGGCCAAUGAAACUUUAUUAAAAACUAAAAUAUUCAAAGGAAAACGAUUUGCACUUGAAGUUAACAAUAAUGAAGAAGAUAUUAUUGUAUAGAUUUGACAAUAAAAUCAGAAAAAAGACCAAACAAUACAAACAUUCAUCUAGUCUUACAAUCAAUCAUUUU